GGAUAGAAUUCUUUGUGGGGGAGUGUGUGUCUGUUUCCUUCUCCAGCCUCGCUUGGGACUUGGGAGACAAGGAUUGGGGGGGUGUUCCACCUUAGGGCAGCAGGAAGGCUCUGCCACCCCUACCUUCCAGAGAUAGACUCAGGCCCUACUGACAGCUCCCUGGGGACUGCCUUUCCAGCCUCUGCUGCAGGUGUGGCAUCUACACCUGAUCCUCUCCCCCUGGCAUGUGCACAGAGCCCCCAGUCCAUCUCCCAGGAUGCUGUUAUACACAGGACACCUAAGGGUCACCCAAGCCACCAUGACUUCACCACCACACCUGGAGCCCUGGGCCUGGGGGCACUUCACACCUGGCUGCACCUACUCCUCUCCUGGGAUAGUGUUGCAGGCUAUGCUAGGGCCCAGACUCCCUUUGCCCACAUCCCUUGGUGGCUGGCACCCGCCCUGCAUUGCCCAACCCACGAAGGACCCCGGCCUAUGAGACAUCAGUUCCCCAUGGGUUGAGGCUGAGGUCCCCAGAGUUCAGUGCCUCCCUGCCCCCACCCCUUUCCUGGAAGCUCUAAGCUGUGUCACCAGUAGCAGGUGUCGGCCGCCCCGCCCCUCUUCCCUCCGCCUUAAAGGGGUCGCCCUCCCGAGGCUUCCCAGGGUCACAGACAGCUCCGCUGUGUGACCAUACCCGUCAGGGCUCCUAGGACGUGGGAGUCCGGAUUCUGAGCUUUCUCCUGGCGUGGUGUGGCCCCCUGGACUCUUGCUCUCAGUCUUCCCUACCUGGGGAGUGGGGACUGGCCCCCACGCGAGCACCGAGGGGAUUACUGGACUUGGACAGGGGCGGGGCCGCACCCCCGAGGAGUCGCUGCGCCCAUGGGUUUCAAGGACCGCGCGCGGCCCCACCCCACGAUGACUUCCCACAUCCUCCUGUUGCUUCUCGCCUCCUCCAUCCUGGGGGAUCCGGACUCCGUGGGCAGGCAGCCCCUGCACCAGGUCGCCCAGCACCGCAGGCGCCUCUGUUCCCUGGGCACAUGCCAGACCCACCGCCUGCCAGAGAUGAUCUACUGGCUCCGCUCGGCCUCCACCAAGGAGCUCUCGGGGAAGGCGGGCCGCGAGCCCCAGGACCCCCACAGCUACGGGCGCCGCCGCCGGCGCGAGGCCAGAGUCCCGCUCCGUCUCCAGGACCCUGGCUUGAAAACAAGCUUGCGCAGUGCCCAGCUUGCUGGGUGACGUCAGGCACGUCCCUGCCCCCGCCCCCCAGCCUCAGCUUACCCAUCUGUGUAUUGGGGCC